AUGACCAAGUUCUCGCUCGACGACUUGGACAGGCACAUUGACAACCUCCGCGCGCAAUUGCAAUACCUGAACGAAGGCCUCGAUGCGACCGACCACAAUGCACCCGACUGGCUGGCUGCUGAUCUGCUGUCGCUGCGCAACAAGUCCGGCAGGCUGCAAGACGACAUGAAGCGGUUCCGCGAUCAGCUGGAGACUGAGGGCUUGGCGACUAAAAAGGCCAAGAAUGCCAGUAAGCGGCUCAGCAUAGAAGCCACAACGGCGCAAGAUCCUCCCCAGUCCUCAACAAAGAGGGUCAGACUCAGCAUACCGGGUGCAGAGGACACGUCCGAGGUUCGUCCCGCGGACGAAGAGUUGACGCAACGGCCGAGCUCAGCGCACACCGAGUCGGCAUACAUCGUAGAGCACAUCGACGUCACAGAAGAGGUCAACAGAAGACUACAGGAGAGUCGACUGCGCCGACUUAUGGAGACGCCAAGCACCGCACAGAAACGGAAACGCGAUGACGAAGAUACGCACAUGGAGAGCAGCACAGAAGCAGAGCUGACUCCACGAACUGGACGCAAUGAUAGCAACGACGACCCGACACCAACGAAACGCAUGAGAAUGAGUGGUGGCUUUGAGCAGGCCGGCAAGAGAGCGCGGGAUGAAGGCGAGAGGCCCCGUGCAGCAUCGAACAGCUUCAAGCGGCGGAAAUACUCAUGGAAGUCUAAUUGA